ACAAUAAUCAUGCCAUGCUUUAAAUUGAGAGAAAAAGACCUUUUAUGAUUAUUAGAUGGGGAAUUGCCAAGCUGUAGAUGCUGCAGCACUAGUGAUUCAGCACCCAUCUGGGAAAAUAGAGAGGUUGUAUUGGUCAGUGACUGCAAGUGAUGUUAUGAGGACUAAUCCAGGCCAUUAUGUUUCUUUGAUAAUACCAUUGCCUGUGCCUGAAGGACACAAUCAUGUGGAGAAUAAUACUGUGCUUUUUACUCAUGUUAAGUUGCUACGGCCUAAUGAGAUUCUCACUCUUGGCCAUGCUUACAGGCUCAUCACCACUCAAGAGGUUGUGAAGAUGUUGAAAGCAAAGAAACAUGCAAAGACGAGGAAGCAAGAGGCUAAGACAGUAGAGAGUAUGCAAAUAGUGCAGCAUCUGGAAAAGCCAAGUUUAGCUAGUGAGACUGGAGGGAAGUUGGACACUGGAAAGAUAUAUCAGGCAAUGAGAGCAGACAGACACAGGGUAAGGGCAGUAUCUGUGAAUCCUGCUGCACUUAGACCAAAAUCGUGGCGCCCCUCCUUACAGAGCAUCUCAGAGUCUGGGAGUUGUGGUGCUAAGUUGUGAUAUUAUAU